GGCGAAACACCGCUGGAGUUAAGGAAGAGCCCCGGAAGUACUGUUCCCUCCACGAGGUUUCACUUCCGGGAGCCCUGCUUGUCUGCUGGGGAAGCAUUUAGCGAGCGGCCACUUCCGGUGUCCUUUUCCCAGGUGGGGCAACGGCGUGCUUGGGAGAGAAAGAAGGAGAAGAAGGUGAGGGGUCUCUGCGCCCCUUCGAGCCUCUGUAGCUUCUGCGAGCCCUUGAGGCGACUCUUCUGAACACGCGGGUUGUGCUCCUGAGUAGGGAUGAGCUCGCUUUUAGGAUGCCCCGGGGUGCGGUGCUUCUGAGCAUGUCAAGAGCGCAGUUCCAUGAAGGGGGAGCAGCCUCUCUUUCGUUUCCCCUUCCAAAAAGUGCUCUAAUUUAACUAAUGAAUUAAUUUUUAUUGUAUAUGUGUUUGUGGUUGUAUUUUUGGUUAUCAUUUGUUAUAUUUGUGGGGGUUUUUUUUGUUUCAUUGAUUUUAUCGUAUGUGUUGUGUUUGUAUGAAACUUAAUAAAUAUUAUUGGAAGUCAAAAAGUGCUCUCAACGUAAGGAGUUCUGGCUCAAAAUGUCGUUCUGCCAAAAAGAAAAGGGGGGGGGGGAGAGAACUUAAUUCAUGUUUUUAACUCAGCGCUUAAAAAUUCUCAGUGCCCCCCAUUGGUGCUGCUUGUAAAGAUCAGAAUCCAUGACUGAGAGGAGUCAGAGAGGGACUUUUCUAUGUAUCCAUGCUUAGAGAGCGAAAAAUAGAAACAUGUGUUUCUGUGUAUCCCUGCUUUUCUGGCAACAUAAGAGUUUGGAUAGGAAAAUCUGCAGAGCUGUGUGAAAUACAUGGCUUUGGUUUUUCAUUCUGUGUUUCUUUCCCCAUAUGAAGGUUGCCAUGGCUCAGAGCCUGAAAGACUUCGCUGGGCGCCUGCCCACCGGCCCUCGGGGCAUGGGGACGGCUUUGAAGUUGUUGCUGGGUGCUGGUGCUGCAGCCUACGGUAUCCGUGAGUCUGUUUUUACAGGUAAGUCAGUGAUAUUUGUGUAUGGUCAUCUACCUUUUGCACAAUGCUUGGUGGUAACUACUGACUGCUUUUGUCUCUCUGUUCCCACAGUGGAGGGUGGCCAAAGAGCAAUAUUCUUCAACCGCAUUGGUGGAGUUCAGCAGGACACCAUUCUUUCUGAGGGACUACAUUUCAGGUACCGGGUCAAGAAAUAUGUUGGAAAGUUUAGAAUAACAGGAAAUCCCAAGAUGUUGUCAUUCCCAGACAAAUGUUUCCUAACAGCACCUCACCUCCAGAGAUUCCUCAUUAUAAAGCAUACAAACCUUAAUUUAAUUUGAAAUUCUUGUAGCAUGCCAAUAUUUUUUAUCUGAUCACAAACUCCUAAGAAUCAUUUGUCAACUCUUAAGACUCUUAAGAGGUAAAUGUUUUGUCUCGUGCUAAUAUAGUUUCUCCUUUGGCUAAAUGUCUUACUGUGAAAACUUCAAGAAGUGCUGUUCGUGAGAAAGUGAAACCCAAAAAUUGAAUUGAAGGAUACUAAAGAUUAUUUGUUAUUUUAGCGCAGUGUUAUCAAUGUGAAUCAAGUAAUAUAGUUUACUAAGACAUAGUAUCAAGAGAAGAAAAUGCAGUUCUUGGGCAAGUAUUGUGUUCUCUCUAUCUUAAUGCACAUGAGAAAAGAAAAAAGUAUUUGUAGGAAUUCUUUAUUUCCACAUAUCUGUACUGCUUGGUUUUGGACAUCUUAAUUUGGUACAAUCUUCAUUUUCUUCCUAGAAUUCCCUGGUUCCAGUAUCCAAUAAUUUAUGAUAUUCGAGCUCGGCCCCGCAAAAUCUCCUCGCCAACAGGCUCCAAAGGUGAGGUCAUAGAGAAGCACAUUGUCUUUUGGUGUUGUAUUCCUCUCUUCAAUAAACACAGGGUGAUGCACAUAGUUUAUUCUACUUUCCUCUUUUCCUUAUUGAAUCUUUACAGUAAUCCUGUAAUGCACGUUAGGCUGAGAGAGGGUGAGUGGAUCAAGCUUACCCAGUGAACUUCAGUGCAGAGAGGGUUUUUUCAUUUGAGUCUCCCAAGUCUGAGCCCAGCCAUUACGUCAGAUACCACUGCUACUUUAUUGUCACUUCUUGAGAAGAUGUGUUUUUCCAUAGCCAGGUGUAAAGCAAGGGCUUCAGAACAAUCUUGUACAGAGCAGCAUGAAUGGGUGAGAUCUGGGUGCACAAUCCGAGUUGGAAGGUGAAGUAAGACAAACCACUGGGACUAUGCUUAGUUUGAUUCUGUCUCUAGACUUGCAGAUGGUGAACAUCUCCUUGCGAGUUCUGUCACGCCCAAAUGCUGCUGAACUUCCCAGCUUGUACCAGCGCCUUGGUCUGGACUACGAAGAGCGAGUCUUGCCUUCCAUUGUCAAUGAAGUGCUCAAAAGUGUGGUGGCAAAGUUCAACGCCUCACAGCUCAUCACCCAGCGAGCUCAGGUCUGUUCACUUUCCAUGCAGGCAGACUUACCUGUCCCAACUCCACUUUUCACGGGAGGAAGGGCUAUGAAGGUGGGAGGUUGCAGGUUAUUGGUGUGGAUGCUACAUACUUCCACUACCUCAUUAGUUUUUGAUGGUUUAAGCCUUAAGAAAUUUUCCAUGGGAUAGAUGAAAUCAUUUACAAAGUUUGUCAUGAUUAUGCAUUCUUCCAUUUACUGAGGCAAUCUUCCCUCAUUUCCAUGUAGCUCAGUUAUUUAGUGAAAAAUUAUUCACUUAGUUGGUGUCAGUUUUUAGACAUUGCCAUGGUAAGUUCCAUGGUAAAAUCUGGGGUCAUUUAGACAUACGGCUGGAUACAAUUACAAAAUACUAUCUUUUGGUGGACAACUUUAAUGCUGGAUUAGGCUGAAAACAAUAUGGCAUUGGUGGACAGAAUUGUCUGGUUAACUGAGGAACUGGAAAGUCUUUCCCCCAUGAAAUCCAAGGACAGUUGAGUAGUAGCAAUAUGUUUUAAAGUCACUUCUAAAUAUCAGAUAAAGUUUCUAAUGAGAUGUGAUCUGGCCUUUAAAAUCUCCAGACUCUUGAUUUCCUCCAGUAGCUGCAUUUGGCUCUGGGCCUACCCGGUACUGGCCUCUGGAAGUUUCACAUAAUGAUUAAUGUGACAAGUAAAGUGAUAACUCUGUAAUUUAGCAAAGUAAGGAAAACUGAGUGGUGCUGCAAAAGAUAUUGCAAAAGAUAAUGUACUAGCUUUGGAGAUUUAAGCAAUUGCUAAAGAGAAACUGCUUCACACAUUUGGCAGAAACUAGAGUAAACCACCUGGAGAUUAUAGGUCCAUAAGUCUGUUGGAUAUGACAUUGGUUUCUGUAUAAACAUGACCUUCUGACCAAAUGAGAAGAACGAACUAAAUCAACAUAAAUUUUGAAGCAUAGACUGGCUUUAGGUAUGGAAGGUGUUUUCUUCUGUGUUCUGAACUGUCUUAUUAAUAAGUGUACUGAGAGUUCUAAGAAAUCUCUUCAUGUAUACUUCCCUAAGAGUAUUUAACAGAGCUGACCACAAAAGGCUGUGCCUAAACCUAGAGCUUAAAAAUUCAUUUGUCACAAUUUUAUUUUCUAACACAUCAGCCGAGGUGGCUGGGCCUGGGCUGACUACUAGCUCACAUUUUUUCUCAUCUGCAUGUCAGUGACUUGAACAUGAAACUCUAGCUUUUUGAAUUGGAUGCUUUUCAAAGCUCUUGGGGAUUCUCAUGACUUUCCCUGGUCUGAAGGAAGUUGCCACCUGCUCAGGAUAAAUGUGGAGGACAAACUGUUGGAUUAUUGCUUUAGGUGUCUUUGCUUAUCCGUCGGGAGCUGACAGAGCGGGCAAAAGAUUUUAGCCUUAUUCUAGAUGACGUAGCCAUCACAGAACUGAGUUUCAGCCGGGAGUACACAGCAGCGGUGGAGGCCAAGCAAGUGGGUGAGUCCAAACAAGUUCUGGUCCUUUCUCUAAAGCUGUGUUUGCAUAAAGUCAGCUAGGACUGCUCCACAUGCACAAAUAGCUGGACAUAAGGCCAGCUAAAUGGAGUAGGGCCGUUUUUGACUAAAUGUGCACAGGACAGGCCUGCAAAUCUUUUAAAGAACGAAACCCCUGGAAGUGGUUGCAGAGAGAUUCUCAUGUUCUCUUUGCUCUUCUUCUCCAGCCCAGCAGGAGGCGCAACGAGCUCAAUUCCUGGUGGAGAAAGCUAAGCAGGAGCAGAGGCAGAAGAUUGUUCAAGCGGAAGGAGAAGCCACAGCUGCCCAGAUGAUAUCCUUGCUUUGCUGUGGGGAGACAACCAUCACACAGUUUUCCAAGGGUGUGGGAAGUGGUCUCUUGCAGAAUCCCCAGACUCCAGAUUUUUGAGCUUGGACUGAUAUAAGAGGCAUCGCAUUGCACAAGUGAAGGGCAUCUGUUUUCAGUUACCUGGAAUUGCUGGUGGGAGAAUUGGGGGUGCUAUUAGGAAGAUUUUUGGGUGCUGAGAUUCUGAGGAGUUACCCUGCAACAAGAAGUUAAGCAGCAACUAGAGGUUAUUCACUCCUGAGGACUCUGCUUCCCUGUCCUCCCCUCUCAUACCAGACAGCGUUCAAGAGAAUGGGGUGCUCAGUUCUUCUCCAUCAUAUAAAGCGCGUUUCCUUAAAUGUGCAGUCCCAUUGCCUGCAGAAAGAUGUUGGGACUAUUUUAUGCCAGCUAGUGCUGUGCUAGUUGAUGAGAGCUUUGGAGUGAAGCAUUAGGGGGAGCAUUCUUGCCAAAUACAUAUUUCCCCCCACUGAUUCAUUGAUUCCUGGUGUGUAGCAACAGGAUGUUUGCAGUUGUACAGAACUGUCUCCCACAAGACUGUGGCUUCGAGUGGAGCAAAGUAGGGCUGUGUUGAUCCCAGGUGGGUGAGUUCAAGGAGGUGUAGGUCCCACAUUCCAAAAUGGUGACAUAGCGCCUUAACCUGUUCACAUUGGUGAAGCCCUCAGCAAGAACCCAGGUUACAUCAAGCUCCGCAAGAUCCGUGCCGCCCAGAACAUAUCCAAGACGGUGAGUUUUAGGACAGUGGAGUUGCUUUCUCACCCUCCACCCCCAACAGUGCUUUUCCAGGCCAAGUGAUGAACCUAAGGCGAAUAUGAUAUGCUUCCUCUGAUGUGUCUCUCUGCCACACUUAUUUAUUACAUUGGUCUGUGCAUCUUAGCAGGGGCCUUGGAGCCUCUGGCCUUUGUAAAAGCAGACCCACAUCAUGUUCAAUGUGCCAUACCCAGCUGUGGCCGCUUACAGACCAUAAUGUGCCACAGGCCAGGAACAGGCUCACAGGAAAAUCGGACACAUGGAGAAGCAGAAUGAACUGAAGCAUUGCAAAGACUGAUGGCCCUGGGCUAGAAAAAAAAUGUAGGAUAGUAGAUCAGAAAUAAAAUACUCUACAUUCAUAGUGAAAAAAGGGAGUAAACUUGAGUUCAACUCUUUCAAAUCAUCGCUGUUGUGGUUUCUUGUCCUUACUAGAACUGUACCCAUAGUGGUGCCUUCCAAACUUUUUCCAGAACAACAACAGCAAAAAGGACUAGCAAAUUAUUUUUUAAAAAGAGACUUUCUGAAAUUUUACCUGCAGCCGCCAAGGCUGUUUUUCUUUUCCAUCCCCCUUUAAGCUUUGAGACUUACUUUGGCUAACAGUUUUUACAGUUCAGUGUUGAACGUUAAUUCUCUGCCAUUUGUUUGGAAUUGGUUUCCCCCCGAUGCUGUCAGAACGAAGUUCUCUAUUGAAUGCAGUUAUUUGUACCACUGGACCUUUGCUUACAUCCUCCUUGAUCUGUCCCUUCCUUGCCUUUUACAGAUCGCUGCAUCUCAGAACCGUGUGUAUCUUACAGCCGACAACUUAGUGCUGAAUCUACAGGAUGAAGGUUUCACUAGGUAAGGGAGUUUGUGAAGAUACCUCCUAAAGUCGUUUGCUUCCUUCUGUAAUGAGCCUUAGGAGCUCCAUCCCCCAAAUAUGAGUUUCUUGGAGGAAUAGCAGAGCAUAAGAAAUAAACAAUGCCCCUUGCUUUCUGGGUGUUACAUAAAUGCACAUGUACUGUCAGUCAUCCAUGCACGCGCUCGCUGUGUGUGUGUGAGAGAGAGAGAGAGACAGACAGACAGACAGACAGACACAUGGACAGCUGUAUUCCCAGAUUUGUAUAAAGAUGAAUAAACCGAGACAGGCAUGUUCUAUUCAAGGUCAGAUCCCAGAUCUGGGAACUGGUAUGCUUACUUGUUCUGGACAGAGUUGCAAUUCCUCUGAUGGGAAGGGUACAUAGUCUGGGAGCACUAGUUCCACCUUCAUGCUACAGAGGUCGAUGCCCCUCUAGUGACAGGGGGACGAAUUCAGCUAAGUAGUCGGGCUAACGGAAGCCAGCACAAUUGGACUUUCCCCCUUCUCCUCCUCCUGUGUGUCUGCCACGCCCUCCCCAGAUCUGCCCAGGAGGGUUUGGAGAACUGAAACAGAGUGGAAGGGGAGGAGAGGCGAGAGAGUUCUGUUGGGCAACCAGAGAUGCUUUCGCUCCCAGAAUGAGCUCCUUAGUGCUAUGUUGAAUUCCACCCAGACUGUUCAUUGCUGGUUAUACCCAUUCCUGGCCUUUCCACUGCUCUCCGUGCAUUGGUAACUUCAUUUCUAGAGUACAGAAAUGUUCUCCAUGUGUGGUUACUCUUUGUUUGGUUCAGGAAUUUGUCACUAGUGUACAAUGCUGCAACUAGAGUACUCAGCAUCAUGUCUUUCCACAUUCAUGCAACACUGGCACUUAAAAAUCUGCAAUGGCUGCUUAUCUGCUACCAAGCCAAGUUCAUGGUUUUAUUUUUAGCACACAAAGCCCUGAGCAACUUGGGACCAGGAUACCUGGCGGCCUGCCUCACCUAUUUGUACACCACAGCAACCUUUAUGAUCUUCAAAGUCUAGAAGAUGGUCAUCUAGAAACCCCAUAGAAACAGGCCCUCUCCCUUUGGGAUACACUUAGUUAGUUAGUUAGUUAGUUAGUUAGUUAGUUAAUAAAAUUUAUACACUGCUUGGUUGUAAAAAACAAAACAUUAAAGUGGUAUACAAAAUAUAAAACAGUAAAACCAAGAAAAAAUUACAACUCUACAGUGGUACCUCGGUUUACGAGCUUAAUCCGUUCCGGAAGUCCGAAACCGUUCUUAAACCGAGGCAUGCUCUCCCUAAUGAGGCCUCCCACCACCGGUGCCCUUUCACCGUUUGGAUUCUGUUCUUAGACCGAGGUAAAGUUCGCAAACUGGGACAUUACUUCUGGUUUUGCGGAGUUCAUAAACCAAAUAGUUCAUAAACAGGGCUGUUCUUAAACCAAGGUACCACUGUACUUUAAAACAUAAUACGAAAGUUAAAAAACACUAAAAUGGACUAAAAUUACCUCAGCUUUGGAAAGUAUAUUUUUAUGGUUAGCAGAGUGAUAACUGUUUUACUGUUGGCUUGUCUGUUUUUAAUAUGAUAGAUUUUUGUAAUGGGCUUUUUUUUGUAUUUUUAAUAUUUAUUUCCAGCAAUUCCUGAUACUUGUAAAUCUCUCUGAGAUUUUGCUAAAAAUGUUGUGGUGCAUAAAUUACCGAAGUUGAUAAAAUAGUUCUAACUUUCUAUGUCUGUCUCUCCCCGUCCCAUUCUUCAUCACCACUUUUUCGUUGCGCUUCUGGUUACAGAGGAAGGUAAGAUAACAAUAUUUUAACUUCAAGUAGAGCUGCAACGUUUAACUGAAUAAAAUUCCCUCCUUCCAGGGAAUUGGGGGAAGGAAAGAAAGAGAGACAAAAUGGGAGGGUGGUUGCUUGGAAUGGAACAAGCAGAGAAGGAGAAACCAGGGCAGGGAGUGAACUACUUCUACUACUCAGAAGACUUCCAAGUUCCUUCCACCCCCCCCCACCCCACCCCCCCCGUUGUUCCUUAUGUUUCCUGAGUGGAGCAUGUGCUGUUAUGAUUGACUAAGGCUGUUUCCUCGCUGUUCCUGCUCUGCUUUACUCCAGCCUGAUUCUGUUCCCCCCAAAAAGUUUUUGAUUUGAGUUCCUACUGAAAUGAGGCUGCAUUUUAAUGUUGUAUUUUAAUCUUGUUUUUAAGUUGUAUUUCAAUCAAUUGUUUUUAUACUUUGUGUUAGCCGCCCUGAGUCCGGUCUUGGCUGGGGAGGGCGGGGUAUAAAUAAUUUUUUAUUAUUAUUAUUAUUAGCCCCCCACACCCAUGUUGUGUGAAUGUUCCUCUUUGGCAACCCCCUUUUUUUGGUUUCUCUUGCAGUGACAGCCUCCUGAUCAAGCAGGGGAAGAAAUGAACUAGCGGCUGCCUCCCAGACCCAUCAAAAUGACCGGCAGAAUGGGGGUUAUGUGCAGCCGUGGAAGAGCCUUGCACAUCUCUGCUGCCCAUAAGUCUUCUCUUUGGCCUGGGCCUUCUUUCCAGUUGUCAUCUUCACUUCCCAACACGCCAUUAAUAAGCCCUUUCUUGGCUCAUCAUCUGGUUCCUGUUUUUGGGAACUGCAAGCCGUGAAGGCUAGCUGUGGAAACAGACUUCAUGCUGAGGCGGGGGGGGGGGGUAAACGUUUUGCUCCCACGGUCACUGAUCCCACCCCACCCAGCCUGAAGGACUGGGUACAGGUGGGCAGCAGAGACCAGCCAAGGGGUUGGUUUUUAAGUAGAUCAGAUUGUUGCUCUCCUCUUCCUGCUGGGGCUGAAUGAGGCCUGAGUACAUAUAAUCCCCUGCCUCUCACGUCAGUGGAGAGUUUGCUGUCUUUGCCCCCUCCCCUGCCCCUGGCCCCCGCCGAGCACCUCGUCUCAGGAAUAGAUGGGGCUUCUGCAAGUGCUGUGAUCUCCAUUUAUGUAAGUUCUUUUGCAUCGUGAUUCACAACUUUAUACAAAUAAAAUCAGGUCCAAAACUCUUCUGACACCAUU